GCCUCCUCCCACCCUCCCUCCUUCACCCCCUCCUCGAGUGUUCCUUCAUUGGACCUCUCAUCCUCCUCUGUUUCUCUCUCUUCUCUCCCAAACACACACACUCUCUCUCUCUCUCUCUCUCUCUCUAUCAUUUCAUCUGCAAAACCAGAACCCCAUAAUAAAAAAAAGGAAGGAGAAAAGGGAAAGGAAUACUUCCCCGAGAGAGAGAAAGGGAACAACCCCUCGGUAAGGUCCAUGAGAGAGCUCUGAUCCGCCACUUGCAACUUGCAAGUAGUGUUUUUUUUUUUUCCCCUUCUCUGAAACCCACAUCCCAUCACGAGUCACCAACCCAAAGCGAAAAACAAGAUAGGAAGAAAAGGAUGAAGAAGAGGCAUCACCAAGACAGCUGUAGCAGCUCCUAUGGCGGCGCCGGAAGCUCCUCUUCCGCUGGCAAGGCCAAGGCUUGGGAGGAGGAGCAAGAUCCCACCGGCGGGAUGGACGAAUUGCUCGCCGUCUUGGGGUACAAGGUCCGGUCUUCCGACAUGGCGGAUGUCGCCCUCAAGCUUGAACAGCUCGAGAUGGUCAUGGGGCAGGAGGACAGCGUCUCCUUCUCUCACCUCCAGAACGACACCGUCCACUACAACCCCUCCGACCUCUCCUCCUGGGUCCAGACCAUGCUCUCCGAGCUCAACGCCCCUAUCCCUGACCAGGUACAGCCCCUCCACACGGACCUCGACUUCUCCGGCCUCCAGAACCGCUUUGGCGCCUCCGAGUCGACUCAGCCCCAGCUCGGCUUCUCCGACGACUCUGAGUACGACCUCAGCGCCAUCCCUGGCGUCGCCGCCUACCCGCCUCCUCCUCCGCCUCCUCAACGGCCGGCCCCUCAGCAGCUGCAGCAGCAGCCCGAGCCCGCCCGCGGCAAGCGGAUGAAAACCUCGAUCGGCCCCUCAAACCCUAACCUUAACCUCUCCUCCUCCUCUUCCUCCUCGUCUUCUGCUGUAGGGGCUCCCGAGUCAACCCGGCCAGUUGUGCUCGUUGACUCCCAGGAAGCAGGCGUCCGGCUCGUCCACACCCUGAUGGCGUGCGCGGAGGCGGUCCAGCAGGAGAACCUUAAGCUCGCGGAGGAGCUGGUCAAGUACGUGGGGUUGCUCGCGGUGUCGCAGGCCGGGGCCAUGAGGAAGGUCGCCACCUGCUUCGCGGAGGCUCUUGCCCGGCGGAUUUACAAGAUCUACCCGCAGGAUUCCCUCGACGCCACCUCCUACAACGAUAUCCUUGAGAUGCACUUCUACGAGACCUGUCCGUACCUCAAGUUCGCCCACUUCACGGCCAACCAGGCCAUCCUCGAGGCCUUCGGAACGGCCAGCCGUGUCCACGUCAUCGACUUCAGCCUCAAGCAGGGGAUGCAGUGGCCGGCCCUUAUGCAGGCCCUCGCGCUUCGUCCCGUCGGCCCCCCGGCGUUCCGGCUCACUGGGAUUGGCCCUCCUCAGCCCGACAAUACUGACGCCCUCCAGCAGAUCGGAUGGAAGCUGGCCCAGCUAGCUGAGACAAUCGGUGUCGAGUUCGAGUUCAGAGGCUAUGUAGCCACGAGUCUUGCCGAUCUCGAGCCUGCCAUGCUCGACCUCCGUCCACCCGAGGUGGAAGCCGUUGCAGUUAACUCAGUGUUCGAGCUCCACCGCUUACUAGCUCGCCCUGGCGCAAUCGAGAAGGUUCUUAACUCCAUCGAGGCUAUGAAGCCCAAGAUUGUUACCAUAGUCGAGCAAGAGGCGAACCACAAUGGCCCGGUCUUCUUGGACAGGUUCACGGAGGCCCUGCACUACUACUCGAGCCUGUUUGACUCGCUGGAGGGCUCUGGACGGACCCUGGAGAACCAAGAUCUCGUGAUGUCGGAUGUCUAUCUUGGGAGGCAAAUUUGCAACGUGGUGGCCUGCGAGGGGCCAGACCGGUUUGAGAGGCAUGAGACGCUGGCUCAGUGGCGGUCCAGGAUGGGCUCGGCUGGGUUCGACCCAGUUCCCCUGGGGUCCAAUGCGUUCAAGCAGGCAGGCAUGCUGCUGGACCUGUUCUCAGGUGGGGAGGGGUAUCGGGUAGAGGAAAACAAUGGGUGCCUCAUGCUCGGGUGGCACACUCGGCCGCUCAUCGCCACAUCGGCAUGGCGACUUGCCCCGACUGUAGCACCCACAGGAGCUCAGUGAAUCAAGAACGGUUCUGACUUCGUCAGAGGAGAGGAAUCGAUCAGAUCAGAUCGGCCAAAACAUGAGAAAGCUUGCAUUUUGAGCAGGAACAGAGCAAGGAGUGUUCGGUGUUAGAUUGAGUGAGAGUGAGCGAGUGUGAGUUAGAGGCUAAUCGAAAUCGAAUCGAAUCGAAUCCGAUCCGAUCAAAAGCCAAACCAAUCCAAACCGACCCAAAUCAAGUGUGUAAUCCUACGUUUUGCCUCUUGCUGUUAAUCUUCCUCCUCUCUAAUUUUUCCUUUUUCUUUUUUUUUUCCCUUCUUUUUUUUUAUGUUUUUAAUUUAAUUUGGUUAGGAGAUCUCUUUUCUUUUUCAUUAUCUUUCUUGCUGGGGAGAUAUUCAAGAUUGGAUCGAUGAGAAUGUGUAGUCUUCUUGCAUUUUUAACUUCUGGAAUAAAUAUUUUCGCACAUCAGCUUUCCAUUA